AGCGUGGACGUGCCUUUACGUGCUCGUUCCUUCCGGAGUUACGCUAACGUGGCAGAACCCGGGUGAUUGAAGAUGGAGCUGGCUGCGCUGGUCGCCGUCUCCGUGCUGAUCGGAGCCCUGGUGCUGCUGGUCGCCGUGGCCCUGGGCAAGCAGCGAGGCGGCCCGAAGGAGGAGGCCGAGCCGAGGGAGGACGCGGCCGCAGAGAAAGCGGAGGGAGAGAAGCACUGCGCCUCGAAAAGGCUGAAGCAGCAACCGCGCCCCCGCAAGGAGAGGCCGCAGCAGCACAGUUUCUCGCACCCGCUCCUGGCGUCCUCGCUGAAGGGGCACAGUGGGAACGUGACCUGCCUGGACUUCAGCAGCAACGGGAAGUACCUGGCCUCCUGCGCCGACGACCGCACCGUCCGCAUCUGGAGCACCAAGGACUUCGCGGACCGGGACCACCGCUGCCUGCGGGCCAACGUGGAGCUGGACCACGCCACGCUGGUCAGCUUCAGCCCGGACUCCCGGGCCUUCAUCACCUGGCUGGCGAGCGCAGAAACCAUCCGCGUCUUCAAGAUGCUGAAAAAGGAGGACGGCUCUAUCAGUUUCAGCGCAGCUCCUGAGGACUUCCCUCAGAAGCACAAGGCGCCCGUCAUCAACAUCGGCAUCGCAGAGACGGGCAAGUUCAUCAUGACAGCCUCCAGUGACACCACCAUCCUGAUCUGGGACCUGAAGGGGGAGGUCCUGGCCACUAUCAACACCAACCAGAUGACCAACUCUUAUGCCACCAUCUCUCCCUGUGGCAGGUUCGUGGCGUCCUGCGGCUUCACCCCGGACGUGAAGGUGUGGGAGGUGUGCUUCGGAAAGAUGGGCGACUUCAGGGAAGUGGUCCGAGCCUUCGACCUGAAGGGCCACUCGGCUGGAGUCUAUUCCUUCGCCUUCUCCAACGACUCGCGCAGGAUGGCCACGGUGUCCAAAGACGGGACGUGGAAGCUGUGGGACACGGACGUGGAGUACAAGAAGCAGCAGGACCCCUACCUGCUGCGGACCGGCCAGUGCCAGGUGGCCGAGCCCUGCCGGAUCGCCCUGUCCCCCGACGCCCGCGUGGCCGCCAUCUCCAGCGGCUGCAACGUGGCGCUGUACAGCGCGGCCGCGGGCGAGCUGGAGGAGGAGCUGCAGGGCGUGCACAGCGAGGAGAUCGCAGACAUGCGCUUCGACAUCAACAGCCGCUUCCUGCUCACCUGCGGCGACCGGGCUAUCCGGGUCUUCCACAACGCGCCGGGCCACCGGGCCGCCGUGCGCGAGAUGCAGGCCAUGCUGAAGAACGCCUCCAACGAGGCCAUGCGCCAGAGACUGCAGCUGCAGAUCCAGGAGGCCCAGGCCGCGCUGGACAGUGUGUGCACCCCCAAGGACUGAGGGGUCCGAGGGGUCCGGCCCCAGCCUGGCUGUCCCCCCUCCCCCCCCCUCAAGAAAGGAACUGCAGUGUCUUUGCCUUGCGUUUGGGCUUGGGGUUGUGUGCAUCCUGGUUUUAAAAAAAAAGGUUUGUAAUAAAAUGUGCAUGGAGCUCAGUGCUGCUGCUCCAACAGACCUG